UUUUCAUUCCGACAAAUAAAUUACCGAAUCUUAAGAAAUAUAAGUAUUCUUCAGAAGAUCAUUCGCUCAUUUCUAAAAUAAUCUUGAAAAAAUGGUGGAAUUCAUUUGUUAAGAUUUUCCCAUUAUCAAUGGCCCCAAACGUGGUCACGUUAUUAGGAUUGGUGUUUAUUCUUUUCAAUUUAGUGGCUGUCUUUUAUUAUGAUCCAUACUUGAAUUCAGACUCUCCUCGUUGGUGCUAUUUUUUCUACGCGUUUGGCUUGUUCAUGUAUCAAACUUUUGAUGGUUGUGAUGGUUGUCAUGCAAGAAGAACAGGUCAAAGUGGUCCAUUGGGUGAAUUGUUCGAUCAUUCAAUCGAUGCCAUAAAUACUACUUUAGGUACCUUGGUUUUUGCUUCGGUUUUCCAAUUAGGUUAUUCUGGUUACUUGAUGAUUGCUCAAUUUGCUUCGGUUUGCAAUUUUUAUACUUCAACUUGGGAAGAAUAUCAUACUCAUACUUUAUUCUUAUCUUCUUUUAGUGGGCCAGUCGAAGGUAUUUUAAUGAUUGUUACUUUAUAUAUAAUCACGGGGAUUUUUGGACCAGGAAUCUGGCACGCUAAAUUAUUCCAAUUAGAUUUAUCCUCUCUUGGUUUUAAUGAUCCAGUUGACGUUGAUUCUUCAGUGUUUUACAUCGUUGUUGGUCUCAGUUCAUUAUACUUCAACAUCAUCACUGCAAUGGGUAAUGUCAGUAAGAAAUAUGAAUUAUUAGAAAAAUCUUCUAAUACUACAAAUGUCCCCACUUCCGCUUCCACUAACGAUGAUGCUUCCGCAAAAGAUAAUUCCGAUCUUGCUUUCAAAGGAUUGAUUCCUUUCUUUGCCUACUAUGCUACCAUUGUCUUAUUUAUUUGGGUCUAUCCAGAAGUCCUUUCUGUUCACGCUUUGGCCUUGGUUGUCUCAAUUGGCUUUACAAUUGCCUUUUCAGUUGGCCGUAUAAUCUUGGCCCACUUGACUUUACAAAAAUUCCCUUACAUUCAAUUCCCAAUGUUUACUCCCUUAGCUCAAUUAAUUGUAUCUAAAAUUUUAAUUGAUUUUUUCGGUUAUGAUUAUAAUUCAGUCUUGGGUGCAAUUAGUUGGUUAGGUGUUGGGGUUACUUUGGGGAUCCAUGGUACUUUCGUUGCUGAAAUCAUCACUGAAAUUACUACUUAUUUAGACAUUUAUGCUUUAUCUAUUAAACAUAAAAAAGCAUGAACCUUUUUAUUUAUAGAGUCAUAGAUUAAAGCUCUAUGUUGUUUUACACACUCGCAC